AUGGCCCCACGCACCCGUGCUGGGACUGCACCCUCUGGGGGAGCCUCCACGUCGUCCCCUAGAGCGCGUACACCUCUACCCCGGCAGGAAUCUGAGAUUCCUGAACCCGCCGCUCACCUUGGCAUGGGCCCUCCAGCCGCCCUGCCACCGCCGCGGCCCCUACACUCCUAUGUCUACCAUGGAGAUAAAGGGAUCAAGGUUGGAGAUCCGCCGAAUUACAAGGGCAAGACGCUGUCUGAAUUCCACAGCUUCACGAGAGCCCUUGAACGGAAAUUCCGCCUUAACCUGAGCCAGUUUAAUACUCAUGAGGUACGAGUCAUAUACGCCGCGAGCCUCCUCGAAGGCACCACUGCAACUACAUGGGCGACCAAGGAAAGGGAGCUUGAGCGUAGCAAUGCUGCCAUGACAUGGGAAGAAUUCAAGAACUUCCUUCUGGACCAGAUUGAAGACCACCGUAACCGCGCCUUCACAGCGGCGCAGCGGUUCAACUCACUACGUCAACGAGACGACGAGAAUCCUUCCGAUUUCAAUGCAAGAUUCGAAGAAUAUUGGGAGGAACUGUCUGACGAUUUGAAUCUAUUGAAAACGCAGCUUUACCUCGCGAAGCUGACUCAUAAGGUGCGGACGACGAUAUCGCAAUAUCAAAGUCCGCCCACCAAUCGCACCGAGCUUGUCAACCUGGCUUCUCGAAUCUAUUUGAAUAAUCAACACAAUGAGAAGAAGGGGAACAAGACUCCCUCAAAGCAACCGACAACAGGAUCAAAACGGCGCCAUGACGGCUCCGACUGGAUAACAACCUUUGUUUUAACUGCGGAAUCUCAGGCCAUUUUGCCAGUGAUUGCCGGUUGGAAAAAGAUAGGUCCGCCGGGCCACGCAAAGUUUACAGAUGGAACAAAAUGCCACCGAUUCGGCAUCAUUCAAACAAAGUGUGAGGCCACUGACUCUGAAGGAACCUCCAAGGGGAGCAGUCUGCUCCUCCACGCUGUCAACAUCAUAGAUGAGGACGUCAUCCUAGGUCUCCCGUGGUUGAGAGAAAACAAUCCUCUCAUCGACUGGGUCACUCAGGCGUGGCGGUACCGCCUCACCGACGAAGAUGCAGCUUAUAGAGGAACCCGAAGAGUUCCAUCGGAAGAAUCUCGAGGAUAA